CCCAUAUGUAUUUCUGCAUGCAUUUCUAUAUAUAUACUCGGACUUCUCAUCUCUGAGCUCGGAUUACCAUAGCAGUCAGUUACAAAUUCACUGAUAACCAAACCUUCUCUUUUUGAUCGACAUGCAAGUUAGCAAAAAACCAAGUUUUAAUUCAAGCGAGAGCGACAAGGCUUGGUGCAAGUGCAAUAGAGCGUUUGUUACUCGUUUAGACGUCUAUUUCUUGACAUGGGCAUAUCUAAGCUAUCUAACCAAACAGAUCGAUUCCUCCAAUUAUAAAACUGCGUAUGUCAAUGGAAUGCAGGAAGAUCUUAAUCUAUAUGGUGACGAGCUCAACUAUUUCAAUACGUUUUACAGAAUUGGAUAUGGUGUGUUUAUUCCAAUAUCAGAAGCAAUCUUAGCGUCUAAUAUAAUUCGUGUCUCUUAUUGGUUGCCCACUCUGGAACUGAUCUGGGGUAUAGCAACGGCAGUCAUCGCCGUAGCUGACAGCGCUAAAGUAGUUUAUGGUCUUCGCUUUAUAAUAGGAAUAUGUGAAGCUAGCAGCUAUGCGGGUUUAAUGACGCUCAUUGUCUACUGGUAUAGAUCCUCCGAGUUGGCCAAGAGACUGAGUAUUUUUGGAACGAGUUAUCCGCUAGCCAAUAUCUUCACGAGCAGUCUUCAGAUUGCAAUUAAUGAGGGUAUGGAUGGUGUACAGGGUCUCGCGGGAUGGCGAUGGCUCUUCAUUUGGAAUGGAAUUAUCACAGUCAUAAUUGCAAUCUCAGGUUAUUUUAUGAUACCUGAUGCUUUACAAGAAUCGCACGCUCUCUGGAUGACGAGCAAUAUGCGAGAAAUAGCUGAAGAACGUUUCCUUAGGACAGGCUUUAGAAAGCCGGUAAAAUUGACAUUCAGGCAAUUCUAUAUCCUGAUAAGGAAAGCACUUACGAGCUGGAUAACAUAUGCAUUUACACUGACGUACGCUGUAUGGAGUUUCUCUCAGGAUUCUAAUACUUGGCUCUCUCUUUUCCUUAAGUCGCUCACGAAUGAGGAUGGAAGUAAGAGAUUUUCAAACAAUCAAGUUACUGCUAUACCAAUCGGAGGAUACGUAGUCCAGAUAGUGUUUAUGCUUAUAUGGGCAUAUCUAUCGGAUAUACAUCAACGUAGAUGCCGCUACAUUGUUGCUCAACAAAUCACUAUCCUUGUGGGAACCAUCAUUCUAUCAACCUGGCCAAAAAGCUUCGGUUUGAAAAUGUUUGCAUAUUACUUCUUAUACCUCUCCAAUUCAGCAGGACCGUUGAUUGUAGCAUGGAUGAGUGAUACAAUCGGGAAGCAAAAUACAGAGAUGCGCACGAUUUACAUUGGAUUAGGUGUAUGCGUUGUUAAUGCUAUAGACUCAUUCCAGAAUAUUUUCAUAUAUCCAGCAUCUGAGGCGCCAAAUUAUAGAAUCGGAUACAAAGCAGCAGCAGCAUAUGCAUUUGCCUCAAUUGUCGGCUGCUUUGUCUGGAAAAUACUCGCUAAAAAGGACCCAACUGCAUCUGGAUUGAAAGAUACGAACGUACCUAUCCUGAUGUACGAAAUCAAAGGACCAGAAAGUAACCACUCAAAAGCGUCUUCAACAGACAGUUCACCACUAGGAAGCCCUAUAGAGGAAGAGAUUGGAAAUCAGUCUGUAAUUAGAGAAUCAAAGUAAGCAAGGAAUACUCGGAUAUUUUCACUUAUGCAUUGUUUUCAACUACUUAUUUGUAACAAAAUGUAUAGUAUC